UUGAAACUCGGUAUCUGGCGUCAAAACCAUCGGUUGGGCUUGAUUUUUCAUUCAUUCAUCUAAAUUUUUUAAACAAAUUUGGACUCGAACUUGGAAAGUGCUUAAUAAAUUUCGACAAACAUCUCAAAAUAAUUUAAAUCGAAGAUGAGUGGUGGCCUAUACGGCGGAGAUGAGGUGGGAGCUUUGGUGUUUGACGUUGGACACCAUUCGUUUAGGGCCGGGUAUGCUGGAGAGGACACUCCAAAAACCGAAAUCCCCUCAAUGAUUGGCGUUUCUGACGAUCCUAGUGCCGUAAACAUUGAUAACUCGAACGGAAAUGGAAUGGUUGGCGAUGUGAAGCCGGGCAUGAGAAAAAAGUACACUAUCGACACUGUCAACGUAAAUGCGCCUAAAGCUGGAAUGGAGAUUCAAACUUUUUUAAAGGAUGGAGCCGUCGAAGACUGGGAUAUGUUUGAGGACCUCGUUGAAUACGUGUACAACAAAUCCUUGAACGCUGUUCCAGAAUACCACCCAUUGCUAAUGUCAGAACCUCCUUGGAAUCCGAGGAACAAACGAGAAAAGUUGGCUGAAAUGUUUUUUGAAAAGUACCAGGUGCCAGCUUUUUUCUUGGCCAAAACAGCGGUACUUGCUGCAUUUGCUAAUGGGCGAAGUACAGGAAUUGUUGUUGAUAGCGGGGCAACGCAUACAUCUGCGAUACCUGUUCACGAUGGAUAUGUAUUAUCUCAAGGAAUUGUUAAAAGCCCAUUAGGGGGUGAUUUCAUUUCUAAUCAGUGCUCACAGUAUUUCGAAGAAAAUUCUAUAGAAGUCAUUCCACCGUACAUGAUUGCUGGCAAAGAACAAGUUUGGGAAAAUGAGAAGGCAAAAUAUACUAAAAGGUCGAAUAUCCCAGAAGUUACUAAAUCGUGGCACAAAUACAUGGUGAAGCAAGUUGUACAAGAUUAUCAGCAAACUAUUAUCCAAGUGGCUGACAGUCCAUACGAUGAAGAAACAGCACAAACUAUGCCACAACAGGCAUACGAAUUUCCCAAUGGAUAUCAUCAAGAAUUUGGUGUUGAAAGAUUCCGUAUUUGUGAACCCCUCUUUGACCCAAGCGGCUUAAGAGGAGUGGGUACCACAAUGCUGGGGGCUGGGCAUCUAGUAUCAACCUGUGUAGGAAUGUGUGACGUAGAUUUAAGACCGUCUCUAUACGGAAACGUCAUUGUUACGGGUGGAAAUUCUUUACUACAGGGGUUCACUGAGAGACUUAACAGAGACCUGUCAACCAAAACUCCCCCUAGUAUGCGACUGAAAUUAGUUGCUGCAACAGGAACAGGUGAGAGACGAUUUGGGGCGUGGAUAGGAGGAUCGAUUUUAGGAUCUUUGGGCUCUUUUCAACAACUCUGGAUUUCAAAACAAGAAUAUGAAGAAUCUGGCAAGUCACAAAUUGAACGAAAAUGUCCUUGAACAGCUUAGCAGAUACAUUGUAGAUUUACAUAGUAUAGAUAGAUUGGCUCGCGCAUAGCGCUAUUCUCUUUCUAAAUACACACAUCACUGAUGUGACAUCAGUGACAUUUUGUACUAUGCUUGGUAUUUAACUGUUGACUACAGUUUGUAAUUAAAUUCUACAUAAAUUAAGUUGAACUGUACGGCUAGGUUAUUUAUUUUUAGAAUUUAGUUUGAUUCUCAAAUCUAGGUUGAUAACAAUUUUAUAUAUACAUUGUAUUUUAAUGCAUAAUGAAUUUAAAAUAGAAUAAGUACAUACAUAAAGUUGUGAGGUGUUGUCUAGCCUUUAGUUUGUAGUACUCUCUUUCAUGGUGAAUGUAUUUGUAUGAAUAAAUGUUAAUUUUCUUAUCAGCUAUUGAAUAAAUAGGUUCUAUAUUUGAAUGCAUAAAACUA